GCAUUUAAGAUUUCGGGCUGACUCCUAUUUAUAGUAAUAUCGAGAAUGAUUGGGUUUAUUUUUAUAAGUUUACUUGUUGUUAACAACUGUUUUGGUUUAAACAUACCAAAUCGUAGUAAAACUAACAUCAUUUCAGUAGAAGAAAGUAACGAAGCUCUUUCAUCUAUGUGCGAUGAUGUUGCUGCAGUUUUUGAAGAAGAAUACAUUGACUACAUGAAAACAGGCAUUGAGUCUCACCUGCUCAAGAAUAUUUCUCGACAACUAGCCGAAUCUCAUACAAAAGAAAUAACAACCGUAGAUCUUGAUUAUCUAUCAAAAUCGGAUAGGAUUUUUAUGUGCACUUCAUGUCGAGCUACUGUCAGAGUUGUAAUUCGUAUGUUCCGAGAAGGAGGUGAAUUUGCUGGUCCAGAAUCUGAUGAUAAAAUUAAAAAAACCAUAGUUGACAUGUGUCAGCGUCUCCUUAUUUACCCUUUGGAGAUAUGUGAGGGGGUUGUCGAUUUCAAUUUUCCAAUUGUCAAGUUCAUCGCUCAAAACACUGAAGCCGAUUCGAGGACUGUUUGUGGAACAUUUAUGCGUUCUACUUUCUGUCAGGUUAAGGACGAGAACUACAAUUGGACUCUGAGCAUUGAUCCUAAAGGUCCUGCAGUUGAGGGACCAAAAUCCGAGAUCCCUCCCAAGGGAACCAAUGACCUGAAUAUUCUUCAAAUAACCGACAUUCACUAUGAUCCAUUAUAUACUGUUGGGUCGUUAGCUGAUUGUGAUGCACCACUGUGUUGCCAGGGUUAUAAGAAUAUCAGCGAAGGUACAUCAAAGGCUGCAGGAUAUUGGGGUGAUUAUCGUAAUUGUGAUAUUCCUUGGCAUACGAUCGUCGAUUCCCUGUAUCAAAUCAAAAAAAAUCAUCCCAAAAUCGAUUACAUUUAUAGCACUGGUGAUGUAGUUGAUCAUUCAGUGUGGAUGACGUCACAGGAGAAGAAUUCCGAAGCACUGAAAAAAGUCAAUCAGCUAUUUGUUGACGUUUUCGGAGAUAUACCCGUUUAUCCAUUGAUUGGAAACCAUGAAAGUCAUCCAUUAAAUGUGUUUGCCCCUCCGGACGUGAUACAGGAGGAUCUUAGUACAAAAUGGCUUUAUGACCUUUUAGCUGAAUUGUGGUCAGUUUGGCUGCCAGAGUCAACCAAAGAAACUAUCAGAAAAGGUGGAUACUACACUGUCAGUCCUAAGGCUGGUUUCAGAAUCAUUGCACUCAACAAUAACGAUUGUUCCAAUCUUAAUUGGUGGAUUUUGUACGAUGGAAACUACCUAUCGGAGCAAUUGAAGUGGCUUCAUGAUGUCCUUCUGGAAGCCGAACAGAAUAAAGAACAUGUUCACAUUUUGGCCCAUAUACCAACUGGAAUCACAGUCUGUUGGAAUGUCUGGUCAAGAGAAUUUGGAAGAUUGGUGGAGCGUUUUCACAAGACCAUAAGUGCCAUCUUCAAUGGACACACUCACCGAGACGAAAUGAGUUUGUACUAUGCCAAUGGGACAAUUCCCAUAAAUGUUGCAUGGAAUGGAGGCAGUUUGACAACGUACAAUUUUAAGAAUCCUAAUUAUAAAAUGUUCCAAGUUGAGCAGACUUCUUAUCAAGUGGUGGAAGAAGAUGCAUGGUAUUUCAAUCUCACUGAGGCCAAUAUGAAACCAGAAGAGAGUCCCAAAUGGAAACUUGAAUAUAGGAUGACUGAAGAAUUUGGUUUGAAAGACUUAAGUCCAGCAUCUGUUGAUGAGCUUUUGACGAAAUUCGCUGAAAAUCCUUCCUUUUUUAGAAAGUACCGAAAAAUAUUUCUGGUUCAAAGUGAUCCAAUGGUCGAUAAGGAAUGUGAUGAUGAAUGUUUAAAAGAAAUAAUGUGCACAUUAGCAAGAGGUGAUAAUACCCAAACCACAAGAUGCGAAGAGCUGAAAAUUAAACUUCAAGAAGAGCUCGAUAAAGAAAUUGAAGAAACUCCAGUACCUGCUCCUGGAGGUGAUGGUGAAGGUGGCAGUGGUGGUGAAGGUGGUGCAUCUUCAGUCUUUAUUCUAAAAAUAACAACAAUUUUGAGCAUUUACAUUAGUUUGAAGUUAUUUAUUUAAACAAAUACUUAAUUUUUAUAUUUAUAAAGUAAAUAUGUAUACUUAAGCUUUAUCUAAACAAUAUUUGUUUAAAAAUAGUAAGAUAAAAAUAUAAAUAAUUUGUAUUAUAUUAAAACCAAACAAAAAUAAAGUAAUAAAUAUCAAUACUAAGCAGUU